AUGGGGGGUUCCGAAUCCAAGCUGGCCUUUCGACAAGGCAUAUUUCGGCUAUCAGAAGAAAGCAACAUUGCGGCCGACGAUCCCUAUUGGACUGGGUUCUGGGAGCUCCCCGAAUCGCCUGAAGAUGUUUUCAGCUUGUUCUCUCCAGCCGACAUACGACGGACACGCGAUGCUUCCAUAGCAAAUUUAGAGACGUUAAUAUUGGCAGUCACCUCCCGUCUUAUUGUUCUAAAAAACCAUCCCUCAUUCCCGGACCCUGAUCUUGCGCCUGAUAGAGAUGCGCUCAACUGCAUUCGCGUUCUCACACGUAUCCUUCCCUUCAUUUAUGAAUCAGAGAAUUUGGAGGCAUGGGAGGAGAAGUUUUUCUGGGGGAGAAGAAGGAAGAAACAUCGGCAUGCGCAAAUUGCGUCUCAGGUGUUAUUCGAUGGGGCGAGUGAGGACGACGAAAUGCGCCGGUCGAAUCCACAGGACCACCAGAAUGAUUACUAUGACGCGAAACCGUUGGCAGAAGAGCUCAUUGAUACUUUAGUAGAUUUGCUGUUUUACAGCGGAUUUACCAUACCGACAAUACCCAAUGCGAAAGGAAAAGUAUCAUACUCAAUUUGGCAGAGCGGAGUUGGGUGCACUACCGCAAUGGGAUCGAAUAAAGAAUUGGAGAGUAAUCGGUGUGAGAUACUAAGGCUCCUGCUAACACUAUCAAGCCAGUCUAUGUAUAUGCCUUUGAGUUUGCUCCCUGUAAAAGGAGUGAAGACAAUCACAUAUCUUGUAACUUGUCCAGACAAGCAAGUGGUCCUCUCACUUCUGUGCUCUUUAUUAAACACGACAAUCAAAUAUAAUCCAACUCCUUGGAGAUUACCCUAUGACCAUGUUGUCUGGAAAGAUCCUAAGCAAAUCUUUGUUAUUUACUGUCUGCAGUUUCUUUUGGUUCUUCUUCUUUAUCCGAUUCCAGAAGAUGGGCGUGGAACACCUCCAAAAAACUACUAUCGUCACUUCUAUGGUCGCUUGCAUCGCCCUCAGGACUUCCAAUUCAUAGUCGAAGGAAUGACAAGAAUUUUAAAUCAGCCAAUGCAAGCAACGACUUCGUACCUACCCGGUAGUCACAAGUCAGUCAAAUGGGCACCAGAGAUGAUCAUGUUGUUCUGGGAAGCAUUACAAUGCAAUAAGCGUUUCCGAUCAUAUAUGAUCGACUCAUCUCGCGCGCUUGAUUUUGUUGUUCUUUGCAUAUUCUAUGCUAUUGAGUACAAAACUGAUGCAUCGAAACUGGGUGUUGUGAAAAUGUGUAUAUUUAUCCUACAGACACUCAGUGUUGAGCCAAAUUUCGGAAAGAACCUCAAUAAAAAAUUCGAGUCCCAGGAUACGUUGCCGCAAAGCAUACGACUGCAAAACUUCCGAGGAUCGUAUGCUGACUUCUUGAUCAUUUCCAUCCAUACCCUUUUGACAACAAGCAAGGGAAAACUCGAUGCAGUAUACCCUGCCUUGCUGGCGAUUAUUAACAAUAUCGGCGCCUAUUGCGAACAUCUGUCCGCCACAACCUGUUCCAAAAUCAUUCAACUCUUUUCAUUACUGUCCUCCCCUAGCUUUUUACUGGCGAAUGAAUCCAAUCAUAUACUGCUCCAUUCUCUCCUUGAGUUUUUUAACUCGGUGCUGGAACACCAGUAUAGCAAUAACCCCUUGCUAGUGUACUCAAUUUUGAAGUCUGCUAAGCGUUUCGAAGCUCUCCGUGCUUUCACUCUAGAAAGCGGACAAGAAGAGAUAGAAAGACUAAACCAGCGAAGAAAAGUAAACCAAAUCAGUGGUAAUAGUGAUGCUCUUUUGAGCCCGACAGUUUCCCAUUCCGGAGACGACAAUCGAGGCUCCGGAGCUGGACGACGACAGUUAAGCCAUGUGCCGGAAGAUGGCGCCUUUGCCAUUGGAGACGAUGAUUCUGAUGAAGAGGAACAGGAGCCACAAAAUACUCCCUCACAAUCGCCUUCCCGUGAAAAUUCCAGGGCCCCUUCAGUCGCGUCGGCGACUGAUGAUAGUGUUCCGCUCCAACUUCGCGGAAUGUCCGAGAAGGCACGUGGAAAAAUGCCCGCGGGUCAGGUCACAUUUUCGAGGCAGAAUAGCACCACAAGCCUAAGCAGUUAUACGCCGACUAUUCCUACUAGCUCCGGUGGCUUCGCCCCUACAAGUUCGUGGAUCGAAUCUUGGGUCCCCGAACUUCCAUUACACACCAUCAUCACGUUGAUAUCUGCAAUAACCCCACAUAUUCCCUCAUCCGCUCUCCAAUCAACUCUAAACCCCGAUGCACGAACUUUCAUUUCCAAUCUUCCUUCUUUUGCAGAGGAGCCGCGAGUCCACGCACUCAUAGCGGAACCGUCACCUAUCAGGGUACAUUUGUUUGAAUGGUCACCUUUGUCCCUUGGUUGGUAUGAGUCACUACUAUGGGGAUUCAUAUUUGCCAGCGAGAUGUUAGUUGGUUCAGCAUCAGGAUCAACGCCGGGGGCCGUUGGGGUGUGGAAUGGGACAGCCAUCAAAUUAUUUAAAGUGCAGGAAACAGCUGCUCAGGGCCCAACGUUGCUGGCCCCCAAGGGCGCUGUGGAUGCGGUGGGUAGCAAUCUGGUACAGCGUAUUGGGAACUUGAAUCUUCGUGGACGCGGGAGUGGGUCACAGGAAGGACAGGGCGAGGCUGGAAGAGAUGUUUAA